CCUUCCAAUGACAUGCUGAGCCUCUCUUUCGCGCCCUUCAAUAAAGUCUCGAAGACUACCAGAAUUGACAGACAAUCUAGACAAGUUAGGAUUCGAUCUUGAUUAAGCGGGAUAAGACUCCAACAUCAAACCUAGGCUUCUCCUUUCUCCUACCGGACAACAAAAAUGUCUUCCACUUCGAUUAAAAAGCCCCAUGUGUUACUAAUUCCAUGGGAUCCAACUUCCCCUAAACAUGUCGAACGUUUAGUACAGCAACGCAUCGCCUGCGGAUGGGACCACGAAGCCGUCGAAAGCUGGCGAGCAACUCAAGAAAGCGGAGAAUUCAACCUCCAAUGGAUCGUUCUCGACUCUUCAGAUGUAGAAACAAAUGCCAGACUGUUGAAGCAUGCUGAGACGUUUCCUCAAGAAAAAGAACCGCUUCUCGAUUCCGCUCUUUCAUUUGGUGGGAAACCACGAAGCGUUCCUUCGCCACAGAGAUCAUUUGUUCCGGUCGGACACGUUUCUCUAGGUCCAGUGUCCCAACAGAACUUGAAAGCUGGAUAUGUAAAGAAUGAAGAGGGAAUGUAUUGGAUCGGGGUAUUCUACGUCUCACGUGCUCUCCAAGGAAGCCGGUUGGGAAGCGCAGCUAUGGAUACCGUUGAGAACAUUGCGAUAUCACCACCGUUGAACGCAAAGGUUCUAGGUCUAAAUGCUAUCAACAAAGUGGAACCCGGAAGAGAGGAGAAGUAUAAGGCUCUUGGGUUGACGAUUCCUCCUUUCUCGAAUCAGGAGUGGUAUGAGAGGAGAGGGUAUCAGGUCUUCAACAACGUGGAAAAGUUGUUUGCGAAAGUUGACUCAACGGACAAAACGUGGACCUGGGACGCCGUGUUCUUGAAAAAGUAUAUAUGAUGCGCCAAGUGUUACAUGAAUCUAAAUACUUUUAUUUGCCGUCCAUAGAGGUAUAGAAUGUUUUCAGGUUUUCAAGUCUUAGAAUCGUCGGAAGUUACAUGGGCGGCAGUCGUGAUGAGACACUUUUGAAUAGGAGCCUUAGUAUUUAAGUCUCCUGAGUCGAAGGUAAAAAUAUCGGAAAUGGAAUGAGAUACU